CGCAGGACAAUUCUUUCUAGAACCGCGUAAACAUUUCAUAGAGUUGGUGUCGAUGUCGUGUUUGGCCUUCAUAUCUGGUAUCAGUAGCGAUUUAGACUGAACAUCAUGCAGUUGUUUGUUCGUGGCCAGACUUUGCACAAUAUUCAUCUUAAUGGCUCAGAGACUGUUGCCCAAAUCAAGGCUCAGAUUGAAGCUUUGGAGGGCCUGGCCUGUGAUGAUCAGAUCAUUUGUCUCUGCGGGGUUCCUCUGGAGGAUGAGACUCUGAUUUGUCAGUCUGGGAUUGAGGAGUUCAACACUCUUGAGGUCACAUCGAGGCUGUUAGGAGGCAAAGUCCAUGGUUCCCUGGCUAGAGCAGGCAAAGUCAGAGGACAAACUCCCAAGGUGGACAAGCAGGAGAAGAAAAAGAAAAAGACCGGCAGAGCAAAGAGAAGAAUUCAGUAUAACCGACGCUUUGUCAAUGUUGUCCCAACGUUUGGCAAAAAGAAAGGACCAAAUGCUAACUCAUAAUUUGCUUUUUAAAAUUACUGUCAGUGCUGACUAGUAGGACAUUCCUGAUGGGGGAAAAAUGUAAAAGCCAGGUGAUUCAUAAAAACUAAUUAUUUUGGGCACUUUAUAUACUACAAUAAUUUGUAAAGUAUGUCAUUACCUCAUUAUAAUGAUGUAAUAAACGGAAUCACUUCUAUGAAAGAAAGAGGUUUUGUAAGUUGCAAAUAAAAACAUUUAAU